AUGUCACCUUCUUCUUCUUCUUCGAAGCCCCCUUUUCUCACCAAGCUUCCUACAGGCAAUGCGAAACUUGAAUCCAACCCCAAGCCUGGGCUGACCACCGUCCCGCCGAAUUCGGCGUCCUAUUCAUCCGCCGCUCCCCUCCCGCCGCCGGAGAAGAGGACACGAGACCAGCCCAAUUACUCCAACUGCCACUGCUGUGGCCACCGGAUCAACAGCACAAACCCUAGGGACCGCCUGCAACCCCUGAAUAGCGUCUGGCGCAUCGUCCUUCUCUGCAGAAAGUGCCGCAGGAAUGUUCACUCCGGCCAAACGUGCCCUUAUUGUUUCCGAGAAACAGGGAAUUCGGGUGAGUUUUUCACAUGUAGUGCUUGUGAGCGCAUAAUUCAUGGCGAUUGUGUUAAUAAUUACGGUAAUUGCGCGCCUUGGUGUUAUUCGGGCGGGGGUUUGGAGGGGUUUAGUGUUUGCAUCGAUUGCUGGGUUCCAGAGUUGCUUAAGAACUCGGUUAUGGUUUGUAGGAGGAGUGAGAAUAGCGGAAGGUUAAAAGAGAAUGGAAAAGAACAUGAGACGGAGAAGAAGGUGCCGCCAAGCAGGGCCAAGGUUGGGAAGAAGAAUGUGGAAGAUUCGGAAAGCCUGGAGACCAACAAUUUGAGUUGUGGUGGUACGUUAGAAGUUGUGGAUGAUGCCAAACUUGCAAUUCAAUUGCACAGAGCCAUUAACAGUUCACCGAGAAAUUUGAGGGGUGGGGAUUUGGCUAAAAACUCGAGUGAUUUAGAUGUUUCUAGUAUCGUGAAUUGGAGUGGGGUAUCCUAUAAGAGAUCCUGUCUGGGUAAAAACAACAUUGAAGAUCAGGAAAUUGGAAGAUGUGCUAAUAUUGCACAGAAUGAAAGGAUGACUUGGCUUGGGAACAUUGAUUGUUGUUUUGAUUCGGCUGAGUUAAGUCGAGGACUGAAAUGUUACAAGCGAGAUAAAACUAGGAAAAUAUGGAAUUUAAUCGAAAACAAUGCCAUGGCGUCUGAAGCUAUAUCUAGCCAGCAUGAUAUUGACAUAUUGGAGGCUUCAAUAUCUGGCGAUGCUGAUCGAAAUAGAGUUGACAGAUAUGAGAAGGAGCUCUUAAGUUACAGGCGCUGUGGGUCUAAACGAAAGCUUUUUCAAGAAAGUGGUACUGGUGUUUCUGGAGAAAGCAACUCUCAGGAUAACCAUGAAGUGAACUUCAAACCCGAGUUUUCCCAAAUGGAUGAUGGAGAGUUUAGAUUAGGUUGUCAAAUCAAGAGUGAUGAUACUGAGGUGAUUUUGCCAAAUCAGUGUUGCAUUGUGGAUGGGGACCGUUAUCUUCUGAAGUAUGGUAAGAGAGGUAGAGGUACCAAAUCAGAGUCAAGUUUCCAGCAUUUUAGUAACCUUCUGAGUCAGAAUCAGACCUCUCAAAGUAAUUUGAAUAAAAUGGAGGCUGGUUUGGAUAAAGACUGUGUUCAUGACAGCAUCAAUAAUUGA